AUCAAAAUGGCGGCGGUAGUGGCUACGGCAGCGGGGCCGGAGAGAGGAAACAGAAGGAGCAGUUGAGCGAGUAGGGCAGCGAACGGAGCCCGCGGGCAGCUGCCGCUGUCGGAGGUGAGGAGCCAUCGGAAGCAGUGCGAAAUGGAGGAAUAUAGUCUGCUGGAUCUGGGAUUGAAGGUUUAUAAUGGAUUAUGGGAUAAUACAUUGAAGAGCCAGCAGGCGGCAUGCCUGAGUGACUGAAGAAGAUGGGUGCUAAUGCAUCUAACUACCCUCAUUCGUGUUCCCCAAGGGUAGGGGGAAAUUCGCAGGCACAACAGACAUUCAUAGGAACAUCAUCCUACUCUCAUCAAGGUUAUGGCUGUGAAUCAAAACUGUAUAGUCUUGACCAUGGCCAUGAGAAACCUCAAGACAAGAAAAAGAAAAGCUCUGGCCUUGCCACCCUCAAAAAGAAAUUUAUUAAGCGUCGGAAAUCUAGCCGGUCUGCUGAUCAUGCCAAGCAGAUGCGAGAGCUCCUCUCAGGCUGGGAUGUUAGAGAUGUCAAUGCAUUAGUAGAGGAGUAUGAGGGAACUUCAGCCUUAAAGGAACUUUCUCUACAAGCAAGUUUGGCAAGACCAGAAGCCAGGACACUACAGAAGGACAUGGCUGAUUUGUACGAGUACAAAUAUUGUACUGAUGUAGACUUAAUAUUUCAAGAAACUUGCUUCCCUGUGCAUCGUGCGAUAUUAGCAGCAAGGUGUCCAUUUUUUAAGACACUGCUUUCUUCCUCACCAGAAUAUGGAGCAGAGAUAAUAAUGGAUAUCAACACAGCUGGCAUAGACAUGCCCAUGUUUUCUGCUUUGUUACACUACCUUUAUACAGGAGAGUUUGGAAUGGAAGAUUCGAGGUUCCAAAAUGUUGAUAUCCUUGUGCAGCUUAGUGAAGAAUUUGGAACACCAAAUUCCUUAGAUGUUGAUAUGCGUGGGCUGUUUGAUUAUAUGUGUUACUAUGAUGUGGUUCUUAGUUUUUCAUCCAACUCUGAACUGGUAGAAUCAUUUGGUGGAAGUCCAAACUGUUUAGAUGAAGAGCUCAGAGCUCACAAAGCUAUUAUUUCAUCACGGUCGCCAUUUUUUCGACACCUGCUGCAAAGGAGGAUACGAACUGGUGAAGAAAUCACAGACCGAACUCUGCGGACUCCAACUAGAAUUAUACUGGAUGAAUCUAUCAUACCAAAAAAAUAUGCUAAGGUCAUUUUAAACUGUAUGUAUACAGAUGUGGUGGACCUCUCAGUUUUGCACUGCAGCCCCUCGGUGGGGAGUCUAAGCGAAGUUCAGGCUCUCGUAGCAGGAAAACUAAACAUGACUAGGGCUGAAGAAGCUAUGGAGCUUUAUCACAUAGCACUGUUUUUGGAGUUUAACAUGCUUGCACAAGGUUGUGAGGAUAUUAUUGCUGAGAGCAUCUCACUAGACACUUUAAUUGCCAUUCUCAAGUGGAGUUCUCAGCCAUAUGGCUCCAAGUGGGUACACCGCCAAGCAUUGCAUUUCCUCUGUGAGGAGUUUACCCAGGUCAUGACUUCAGAUGUCUUUUAUGAACUGAGCAAGGACCACCUGCUGACUGCUAUCCAGUCUGACUAUUUACAGGCAAGUGAACAAGAUAUUCUUAAAUAUCUUAUUAAAUGGGGAGAACAUCAGUUGAUGAAAAGAAUAGCAGACAGAGAGCCCAAUUUACUAAGUGGUACUGCCCACAGUGUGAACAAACGCGGUGUAAAGAGGCGAGAUCUUGACAUUGAGGAGCUGAGAGAGAUCCUAUCUUCUCUUUUACCUGUUGUCCGCAUUGAGCACAUUUUACCUAUGAACAGUGAAAUACUGAGUGAUGCUGUAAGUCUUUCUUCUCCCACAUCCCACCUUUCAGACACACAGAUCUAGUCUGUGGGAUUUUAUAUUUCAAGCAGGGCAAAAUCGGUGCUAGAUGAGAUGAUGGUGGAACAAACAGACCUCGUUCGUUUGCGGAUGGUUAGAAUGUCCAACGUGCCCGACACCCUCUACAUGGUAAACAAUGCAGUGCCACAGUGCUGUCAUAUGAUUAGCCACCAGCAAAUCAGCAGUAAUCAGUCCAGUCCUCCUUCAGUUGUCGCCAAUGAAAUCCCAGUUCCCCAUCUCCUUGUUGUUAAAGAGAUGGUCAAACGGCUCCAGGAGCUCCGUCAUACUGAGCAGGUUCAAAGAGCAUAUGCUCUUAAUUGUGGAGAAGGAGCCACUGUCAGUUAUGAGAUUCAGAUUCGUGUAUUGCGAGAGUUUGGACUUUCUGAUGCUGCUGCUGAGCUUUUGCAGAAUCCUCACAAGUUCUUUCCUGACGAGCGGUUUGGGGAUGAAAGCCCACUCUUAACUAUGAGACAGUCUGGACGAUGUCGAGUUAGCAGCACUCCCACUGCAGAAACCAUGUUUACAGAACUUGACUCUUUUGUGGCCUUCCAUCCACCACUGCCCCCUCCUCCACCUCCUUACCAUCCACCAGCUACUCCUAUUCAUAGCCAGUUCAAAAUGGGCUGGAAACAAAGGGUGCCGAGUCAACAUCCCUCACGUUCCUUUUCUUAUCCAUGUAACCAUUCACUGUUCCACUCCAGGACAGCUCCUAAAGUUGCCCCACCUGUCUACGUACCCGGUGUCAAAGCAGCAGCACCCCCUGAUUGCACUAACACUACAGGACUGGGGAGACAAACAGUAGCUGCAGCGGCAGCAGUAAUGGCAGCUGAAAAGCAAGCAUGUACUCAGCCCAUGUUAAAUGAGUUGAUGCCAGAUAUUGCUAUGGGUGUGUCAACGAUGUCUCUAAAGGACAGAAGAUUGCCAGAGCUCACUGUUGACACAGAAUUAAGCCAGCCAGUGACAGAAGUUGGACCUGGACCACCCCAGCAUAUUUCAUGUAUUCAGACUAGGCACAUGCACAGUUCUCGAAAGAAACAUGCAAUAGAACAAAAAAUAGAUACUCGAGAAAAUCAACAGGAGUAUCCAGAUUUCUAUGAUUUCUCUAAUGCUGCAUGCAGACCUUCCACUCCAUCACCUAGCAGACAUAUUCCUUCACCUUCCCAAGGCAUGUAUUUUGGUCCAGAUUUGUAUAGCCACAGUAAGGCAUCACCAAGUGGCUUAAAGUCAGCCUAUCUACCUAACCAAUUAUCUCCUAAAAAGCAAGAGGAUUCUAGGAGAGAAUAUGUGCUUUCCCAGGAUGGGCAUCAGUACAGACAAAAGAAUGAGCCAAUACACCUCGAUGUCUUAGAACAACCUCCCCAGCGGUUGGACUUGGCAUUGGCUGCCCAGGAAGAUGCUGGUAAUGGCCCAGUUCACAUCAGAGGAAGAACAAAAAUGGAAACUGACUUAACAUAUGGGCUAACCUCUAACAGACCUUCACUCUCUACGUACAGCUCUGAAAUACAAGAAGAGCGAUCCAGCAGGAGACUGAUAGAUGAGGAGCCUCUGGAACACGAAGCACAGAGAAAUACAGAUUUGGAAAGGGAAGAUGCAGUAAGCAGAGGAAGGAGGUCUCCAAGCAAACCAGACUUUCUGUAUAAAAAAUCUGCCCUCUGAAAGCAACCUCCACUAUUUCUCUGUGCCUGAGAGUUGAGACACCCCAUUCUUUGCAACUUUUGGCCUGACUUUUGUCAGACAAAUUCAUUAAUGCCAGCAGAAAACUCAGUUUUGCUCACUUUUUUGUAUAUACAUUGCUUUAUUAGAGACAGCAUGCUAUCAGUUUAUUUUGAAUGCUGCUUCUGGGUUUAUUUUUGUGGUUUGAAAAUAUUAAGCCUUUACAAAACAUAGCUGGCACUUUUUUUACAAAUUGGUAGCCUUUUGCACCUGUACAUUUAUUUUACCUGUAUUAGUUUUGUAUUAAUAUGUUAAACUUUCUUGUUACAUUUAAAGGACUGUAUUUUCAUACUUCUGCAUUUUACCUUUCACCUACCAAUUCUCCAUGUGCAUUGGGUUGCACAUUAUGAAAUGUAUUUUCUUAUGGGAUAGUAACAAUGUGUUUAUUUUUUAAUUAUAUGAAUUCCAAAGAACAGCACAUCAAAAUACUUUUUUAGUAACAUUGUUUGUUUAGGUCUGAAAUCUGCCUGAUCUAUCACUACUGCAAAUCCAGCGUAAUACCAUUCUGUUUAACAUGUCAUGGCAGCUGGUCUCCAUUCAUUCUGAUUCAACACGUCUACUCUAAAACAUAUGGCUGGGGCUUUCAAAAGAACCUAAAGGAUUUAGAUUUCCAGGUCCCAAUGAAAUUUAUUUGAAGUUAGGUGUCGCUGCAUUAGGCUCCUUUGAAAAUCCCAGCCUACGUUUUCUGGUCCAUUUGUGAUUUUGGAGAACUUCAUGGGCACUGAGAAGCAUUUAUCAGACUCAAAUGAUUGAUUUGUGAAGAAAACUUGGAAAUACUGCAAAUUGAUCAUAACAUUACUGUGCUAGUCAGGAUACCCUUGAAUUGGGCUGUGUGGAGGUCAGAGUUCAGAGGAUUCAUGCCAAAACCUAAAGCUCUAGGAAGAUCAGGCUUAGUAUCUGACGUUAUUGUCUAAAUUAUAUCAUUGUCAAAUGAGAGGACUGCCUCUCUAGUGGAGGUGCUGAGGUGACUGCUCAUUGCCUUCUUUUGUCCUGCCUAUGAGAGAAACAAAGGGCUUUAGUCUACUUGAUGUCAUGCAGUGUUCCUUAACAUUUUAAUGUCUCUGAAUUUAUCAUUUCAGCUGUCCUCUCGUGAACUGAAGAGUAACUGAGUUAGCUUCAUUGGUUGCAGAUGGCUUAGCCCUUUUUAAAAUUACACCUCUAGCCCCUGGAGUAAAACAAUAAUUGUGAGGCAGGGGUGUCUGACUCUUCCACUAACAGAAAUACAAAGUAGAGAGGAGACACUGGUCAUUUGGGAACAUCCCUUGCCAUUGUGCUGAGGUUACACAGUAUAAGGGGUUUAGUGAUGGUCAUUGAAAAGUCAACACUUGCCAAUAGUUACCACACGCUUAUUUCCCAUUCUGAAUGUUGUGAAGACUCUGGUAUAUGAUACCACAGUGUAGUAACUUCUGGUAAAUGCCUUUUUUUGGGUUGGUCACUAUAAUGAAAGAUCUUGCAGCAGCUGAAGACCUCAAUCAGUGUGAGCUAAAGAUUGUUUUAACCUUAAAAAUGCUUAAUGCUAUUUAAAUGUAAAUCUUUCAGUUUCCUUUAGUAUAAGUCAGUUUUCCUGGUCAAAAGGUAGGCAUCUCUUCUUGCCCAUCCCUUCCUCCCCACAAAAUCAAAAACAACCUCCUCGCCCUCUCAUUAAUGUAUACAAGGCUUAGGUGCCAUAAGACCUUAUUGUGCAACUAUGUACUGAAUUUUUAAACUAGAAAGUGGUGUUUGGGUAAACUCUAUCAUGGGUUUGUGAUCUAGUAAUUUGUAAUCUCUCGUGCAGCACUUUGAUACCAUGUUAAGAUUCCUUUAAAGUACACUCAUGUUAGUCUAAUGAUAUUGGGUGGUGAAGAUUGACUGAAUUACAGUUGAUAAUUAGUCUUUUUCGUCUUAGGAGGCUUAGUUUGAAAUCGGGUUGGGCCACAAGUACAAAAUGCAUGUGGUGAGUCCAAUCUCAUCUCUAAUCUAUGUUGUGUUCAUAGAAUCAUAACACAGUGUGAAAGUUGUCCUCACAUCCUAACAACAGUUCUGGAGGGGUUAACACUGGUGUCACACAGGCUAGGGACUGAGGUGCGUUGGCCUUGCUCUGUGAAGUUUGUCACAACAUUUUCUAAUACUAAUUCCUAGCCAUAUGUACUGCCCCUCCUUGCCCAUGCUCACGAGCACUAAAAUCAAUUUAAUCCUCUCCCAAAAAGUAAAUGAUUACUUGCAUCAAAGGCUGUGUUCAAGUGUUAGUAACAUGAUCACUUUAAGUCCUAGCUUCCAACAGAAGACUUACUAUUUGUAUAACUUUACCUACAACUUGAUAGAUCUGCUUACAGGAAACCUGUUUUAGCUAUUGAUGAUGUCAUUUGAUGUGGCACUAUAUGGUAAAUUGUGGCUCAAAUCUUAGAAAUAGCAUGAGUAGUUAUUUGAUGGAACUUGUGUGAGGGGUGGCUGGUAAAGAAGGCUGAGAAGUUUCAUGAGUAUGUUUUGAAUGCACCCAUGAAAUGUUUUUGCAGUGCAAUAUGUUGGUGAGAAGCUUUUUAUGGGAAGUCGGUCUCCCCUUAGAAAACAGUUGCCACUUUCGAGGUCUCAGAAGCUGGCAUUUCACACCAUCAAGCAGCCCUUAAGGAAAAACAACCAUGAAAAAGCAAGAAGUCCUAGACAGGCCAUAAGACAAUCAGGCCACUUAGACAAUUACACUUUCACUUACUCAUAUUGAUCUAGGAAAAAGAUAGAGAAUUGCUGCUGAUCUCAAAAUAUUUUCGGAGAAGGGUAACCCUGUGUCAUCUUUCAUUGGAGUUUUUCUUUUUUUAAAUUGUAGCAUUUAAUCUACAGUCUGAAUUGUUGGUGAAGUGUAACUACUGAAGCCAAAAGUUGCACGAUAACAGCAUUGUAGCAACUGUUCUCUAAUCCCAGGGGUGCUUAAUAUUUUUUGUGUAUGUUAAACAUACAUCACCCCCCCCUCACAUUUGGUCAAACCUUCAGGUAACAGUGAAAUAUCUGUUGCAGAUGUAUAAAAGAGGUGUUGUCUUGUUUGCAUUUCCUGUGUCCUCACUGGAGCCUCCUUGAGAAGAGAGCUCUUAGCUUGUUGUAAUGCUGGCAGUUUUUCUUCAUGUUUUUAAGUAUAGGCAAAGUAGGCUGAAUUAUGCCCUGAUGUAAGUUAAUACAACCCGUUCAGUGAAUGGAGUUGCCUCUGUUCAUCCCAAGGUUAAAUUUGGCCCCAGGCUUGUAUAACUGGACAUGUGAAAUAUAAAGAACGCAUGCAUCUGAUUCUAUAGAAGCGUUAUGCUGAAACUAAUCUUCACUCCCCUCACCCCAAAAAGCAGGUAACAUGCUAGGGUAGUGAGUUGUCUCAGCUACUUAAUACAAAAGAUGUGUUACCAUAUCCUGUGCUGUACUUCAUCUCUUUUCAGUUCAUUGGCUGCAGCAGAAGCCCCUUGUUUACAUGACAGACUUUCACAUUAGAGUGGGAAUUCUAAGCUCUUCCUGUCCUUCCAUAUAGUUCUGAAUUGGAGAGAACGCGGCUUACCCAUUUAACAUUGUUUGAUGAAAGAGGCAUCAAUAGAUGUUGACUUCACAAAUCAUAGGAUGAUAUUCUGUUCUUGGUUUAUUUAAUGUUCAUUUACUUGAAAACAUCAGUACUCAAAAACAAAACACAGAGAUUUCCCCCCCCCCCCAUUUGCUAACACUGUGUAUGGAUGAAUAACUUGAUUUCUGGAAAGGAUGCCUCUUUUAAAUUGUUUUGCUGUUUCUAUCUCUACUUCUGGAAGGUGGCCUUGCCUUCUGCAAUGUUACAUCUUGUUUGUCCUUGUGCUGUUACUGGUAGUCAAGUGCCUUCAAUGCUAAAGGCUCAGAAGAAUUUCUUAAACUGACUUCAUGUCCUAUGCAAGUGUUUUUCUACAACCUGCAUAACCAGUACUUUGUAAAACUUGUUUACGCUUCAAUUGUACAUAGUGUUUUUUUAAAAAAAUAGUAUUUUAUUUAGGUACCUCCAAACUUGAAUUCUCGUCUUGUGUGAUGCAUUGUAAAACAAUACAUUUCUCUUUUGAGUACCGUUACAGUUGUAAAAAGGUUUUCACUGGUUCUAUUUUUCUACUGUUGCUGAGAAGCAUGUAACAUGAAUUUAUCCUACGUAUAGUUGGCAUUUCAAAUAAAUGGCUUGUA